AUGGCCAGUCCUACGAAGAAAAUGCAGUAUGUCCGCCUGGGGAACUCGGGGCUGAAAGUCUCGAAGAUCAUCCUGGGGUGUAUGACAUACGGUAGCCCAGAAUGGCAAAAAUGGGUGUUGCCCGAGGAGGAAGGCAUUAAGCACAUUAAAUUCGCAUACGAUCAGGGGAUUCAGUCGUUCGAUACCGCCAAUGUAUAUUCCAAUGGACUCUCGGAGAUCAUACUGGGCAAAGCUAUCAAACAGCACAAACUACCCCGCGACGAGAUCGUGGUGAUGACGAAGCUUCAUGGAGCCGUUGCGCGAGAAUAUGGAUAUCGUUUCCAAGUUGCUGGGACAAAUCCCGAUGAAGUUGGGUAUAUCAACCAACAUGGCCUCAGUCGGAAGCACAUCUUUGAGUCUGUGAGGCACAGUCUCGAACGCUUGCAGCUCGAUUAUAUUGACCUUCUGCAAUGCCAUCGUUUUGAUCCAGAAACACCCAUUGAAGAAACCAUGCAAGCGCUUCACGACGUAGUGCAAGCCGGUUAUGUUCGCUAUAUUGGCAUGAGCUCCUGCUACGCCUACCAAUUCCAUGCCAUGCAAAACUACGCCAUAAACAACAAACUUACACCGUUUAUCUCGAUGCAAAAUCACCACAAUUUGAUCUACCGAGAGGAAGAACGGGAGAUGUUCCCAACUUUGAAGUUAUUUGGCGUUGGAUCCAUCCCAUGGUCGCCACUGGCGCGAGGUAUCCUUACGAGACCAUUCGGUGAAAAGACGAUACGGGCAGAAACCGACCUGUUCCAGUCCAUUUACAACAACAAGAGUGUCGGGACACCAGAAAUCGUCAAAAGGGUUGAAGAAAUCGCGAAGAAAAAAGGUGUUAGUAUGGCUCAGAUCUCUGUUGCAUGGUCAUUAUCAAAAGACGGCGUCAGCGCGCCCAUCGUAGGGACCACCAGUUUAAAGAAUCUCGAAGAGAUGAUCGACGCCAUUCAUAUCAAGCUGACCGAAGAGGAGAUCAAGUACCUUGAGGAGCCUUACCACCCCGUACCGAUUGCAGGCCACAACUGA